UGAGGAGGGCCCGGAAGCCGGAGCUUGGCCGCUGACGCGCAGAGCCGCUUCCUCAGCGGGUGGGGGAGCCGGUCCCCUGCCCAUCCCGCCGCAGGGAUGAGGCGCGCUGGGCUGGGUGAAGGAGUAGCUACUGGUAACUAUGGCUAUACCAAUAGUGGGUAUAGUGUACACGAAGAAGAAAAUGAAAGGUUAACUGAAAGUCUGCGUACAAAAGUCUCUGCCAUAAAAUCACUUUCCAUUGAAAUUGGAACAGAAGUUAAAAAUCAAAAUAAAAUGUUAUCCGACAUGGACUCUGACUUUGAUUCUACAGGUGGAUUUCUAGAUGCGACUAUAGGCAGACUGAAAACACUCUCCAGAGGGAGCCAGACAAAACUAUUGUGCUACAUGAUGCUCUUUGCACUCUUUGUCUUUUUUGUAAUUUACUGGAUUAUUAAACUGAGAUGAUGCAAAUUAUAUCCAGUUUUUUUGUGCCACUUCAACAGAAUUACAAAAUGGUCUUAAUUUGUGAGGACAGACCUUAAAUUUACAUACUCUGUUGAUAAAUAUGGUUAAAUGGUUAUUGUAAGUUAUAUUAGAUAUCAGUGCAUUUGUUAUGUAUAUUUUGUCUUGAUGUUUACCAUUCCAGAAGCUUUCUUAUCAUAUCCCCUGUUUUCUGGGGUUAACAAAUGUUAUCUCCUACCUUGUGCAUAUUUACAUCUUGGCUCAAGUUACUUCUUGGGGAAAUAUCUUUGGAAAUAUAACAAAAAUUAAAAACAUGCCCCCGCCAGGACAAAAUUUGAACCUUUAACUUUGAAUUUCCGUUAAUGGGUUUCACUUUUUUAAUAAAGUAGUAAAAAAAAUUAUAAACAAAAUUAGGGCCUGAUCCUGAGCAAGGAACUCAGGAUCAGGCUUGUAGCAGUUUGCAGAUUAUAGAAGUAUGAAAAAGGCUUGUGCUUUUUCAAAACAGAUUUAUUGUAACAUAGAUUAAACCACCUGAAACUACAAGUACAGUACCAUCAUACUUGUAAUGCUUUGGGUUGGGGUUGGCAAAUUUCUAUAAGUAUCAUGGCUUAGAAUUUAAAAAUGAAAUUAAAAAAAAAAACAAAACCCACCUUGCAGUUUAAGGAGGCAUUAACUGACCUAAACUGGAAGAACGUUGGGUAAUUUUAAUUUGAGACCAAGUAAUGCUAAGGGCUGGUCUACCCUGGGAACUUACAGCAAGAUAGCCACGUUUCUCAGAGGUGUGGAAAAAUCUUCAUCCCUGAGACACAUAGCUAUGCAAACCUAACCCCUGCUAUAGACAGCAUUAGGUGGAUGGAAGAAUUCUUCUGUUGACCUAGCUUCCAUCUCUCGGGGAGGUAGAUUACCUAUGCUGACAGGAGAACCCCAUAGGGGUGCAUAGGUAAUGUCCAUACUGAAGUGCUAUAUUGGCGCAGCUCAAGGAACAUUGCACGUGUAGACAAGCCCUAAGAUGUAUUCAGUAUAAUCAAAUGCCUUUUGAUAGUUUGGGGAACCAGCAUGGACAAGAUGCAAAUAUUUGCAUAGCAUCUUUCCAUUACAUUUUAUAUUUAAGUACUUAAAACUUACUGAUUCUAUUGAAUCACUGGGGUUUUUACCCUUCAUACAUUUCUGUCAGUUAAUGACCUCUUAAAGCUACUUAGCAUUAUUUUGAAAUGUGAAACCAGAUUUAUAAGCUCUUAUACUGGAGAGUAUUAUGAUGCAAGAUAGCACGAAUUACCUCUUUUGUUAGAGGUACUUUUAUUUAUUAAGAUUAAGCCUUAGUUUUGGUUAUUCAUAAAGAUAAAUUGUUGACUAGCAACUAUUACACUGUUAAAUGCAGCAUACAAAAUAGAAACCAUUUUCUAGAGAUUGAAGUGUUAUCUAAAAGAAAACUAUGCCUUGCCUAAAUUUUCUAGAUUCACUAUUAAUGCAAUAUGUUGCCAUAACUUGUAGUACUCUACCCCAUUACAAACUGUAAAAAAUAAAGCAUGUCUGUGAUAUA